AUGAACAGUCCACAAAAGGCCUGUGAUAUUGCCAAACAGGCUUUUGAUGAUGCUAUUGCAGAACUUGAUACCCUUAAUGAGGAGAGCUACAAGGACUCCACCCUUAUUAUGCAGCUCCUCCGCGAUAACCUGACUUUAUGGAAGUCCGACCUGGACACCGAUGUCGAGCAGAUAUCCCCACAACUGCUCACCGGUGAAUCAUGA